AUGGCUCGUCUGAAACUGCUGUACGAACUCGAAUUGAAAGAACUGAAGCGAGAGCUACGUGAUAGAGGGCUGAAGACAAGUGGAAACAAAGAAACCUUACAAGCACGCCUCCGGGAAGACAUAAUGGAAGAAGAGGAAGAUCCAGACACGUAUCUUUUUCAAGUAGAACCAGACAUGGAGGAGCUGUUGAGCUCAAUGCUAGGAAACAUCAAUUCCAAGAUAGAUGCCAUGGACACCAAGGUAGACGCCAAGAUAGAUGUCAUUGUCUCGGGAAUCAAAACCGAGUUAUUGGCUUUGAACCAACGCAUACCUGCUGUGGAGGAGAGAAUCACCAAUACUGAUCCAGGUCUGCACCCAAAAGACGUUGGUCCAGCUGCCAAGACUGGAGAUGAAAGUCCUGAUGGUGUUGAAGAGAAUCCAAGGAAGCCUGACGUUGAAGUUGAUGGACAUUUGCACGAUAAAAGUCAUCGACCAGGUCUGAAACCAACAAGUGAUUGGCCCGAUACUGAGACGAGAGAGAGAGGUCCUGAUGGUGGUCAAGAAAGCCGAAUGGAGCCUGACGCCGAAGACGAGGGACCUUUGCACGAGGAGUGUUACCAACCUGCCCCAAGAGCAUGCCCUCCAGACAAGGCUGAAGAUGAUGACCUGUACCACAAUUCCCCGCCCUGUGGAUUUGAAGCCCAUCCCAGUCCUUCUUCGCAAAGCCCUAUGAAGCCACCUCUUUUGCCAACGAUCUUGGUAUCCCCAGCCCUUACAUCCUAUACCUCUCCAUGUGUCAAGUGGCUGUCCUUGGUACCGACCGACAAGAGAGCGAUGCAACUACAAAGUCACUGCAACAAGAAGACGAUCAACUGGAGGAAAAGAAGAAGGCGGCGUCCAACGUGCAUGGUGAUUCUACCAAGAAAUAACUGCAGCCACAUGAAGACCAACUGGCGGAGAAGAAGAAGAAGGCGACUUUUGCGGAGUGCAAUAUGGAUGACCUUGCGAUCACGAGGUCGAUACAACCAGAUGAAGGCUAACUGGAGGAGAAGAAAACGUUUUCUGAGUUCCACGUGGAUGGCGAUGAAAGCACGACGGCGAGGCAACCAGGUCAAGGCAAACUGGAGGAGAAGAAGGAAGCGACCAUUGCUGACUGCAACAUGGAUGGCCCCAUUAAGCUCAAGACGCAAGCCAACUGCCACCGAUCGACCCCCACCUACAGCGAUGAAAUUUCACAGCCAAUGUCAGGAGGUUGAAUCUGCCCGGGACGGACAGAUCUAAGGAGGGGGCAGUGUUAUAAACCUGGUGGUGGCACAGAUGGGGGUAGUGGUGUGAGUGUAGUCAGCCGACGCAAAUCGCCCCAGGCCAGCGCUAGACGAGCGGUCAACCGUGACGAGUACGACGAUCGGCCGAGACGAGUGUCAACAAGAGGGUUCGGGAAGAUUCGCCGUCGUGAACAGAGCUCAUUAGCGUCACGAGAAUUGUAGUCAUCUGACCACCUAGAAAGGUCGAGCGGCGUUCUGUCCGGUUCUAGAAGGCCAGUAGGGACCCUAUAUAAAGAGCGGAGGUGUCGCAGUCAAGACGGUUCAGAAAGGAGGUUUACGACAGAAGGUCCACUACAGUCCGGUCGACUACAGCACAGUUCAGCGGUGUGGUUGUGUACG